AUGAGUAGUACACCUUUACUUCAUCAACGAUCUCAUUCGAUGCCUGUUGGCAAUGGGUUUUUCAAUACGACUGUAAUAAAAGAUCAACCAUCGCUUGAAAGACUGUUACAGCUAAGGGAGACGUCACCAUUCAUGACAGAUGGAUUUUUUGAUUCAUCAAACAAUGUCCAUAACAUCUAUGAAGUCAAUAACAGUGACUAUAAUAAGACACCAUGUGUCUUGACAUUGGAUUGUAAAAUGGAUAGAGGCUUCUUCUUUACGUCCGAGUGUCAUUGGACCUGUUAUCGUAGAAAUUAUUUCCAAGUAUCUGCUACCCUUUCACUCACAGGCUAUACCAACAGUACCUUUGCUCUUUUCAUCCAUUCGACACUCGUCCCCAUCGAUCAAUUUUACAUUCGUCUGAAAGCAUGUAUCUCUGACAGCCACGACAAACCGAUCGCUCUCACUCAAAUGACGCCCAAACGUGACAAGGGCCCACAACGAGAACCACCGAUGGUCCCCGUAUCUGUUGACAGCACCGUCACGUUCGAACGACUCCAGUUCAAGGUCGCCACAGCCAAUAACGGCAAAAAGAGAGCCGCUCAGCAAUAUUUCCGCUUGGCAUUUGAAUUGGUUGCUCAGUCCAAAGAGGAUUACUACGUCAUUUCCGAAUGUUACUCCCAACCGCUCGUCGUGCGCGGGCGCAGUCCUGGGCACUACAAUGCAGAUCCUUUGGAACCAAGAAGGAGAAGAAAACUGUCGGUGCCUCAUUUGGUCUUUAUGCCUCCUUCUUCUCUCAAUCACUUUCAUACCGAUACACAGAAUUACUUUCAUACACGUUCUCAAAGUGUCAAUGAUAGUUAUCGUCAAGAGAGCAAGAUGCUGGAGCCGCCAUCGCUGGAUGAUGAUGUAGGUGUAUCGAGAGCGAUUAGAAACUGGAGAGAGCAACGUUCAGAUGGUUAUGCGUACAUCAAUGGAUACAGCUCUCCUUUUCCUCCAUCUUCUUCUAUAGGUCAACCUUGGCCAACUUCAUUUAGACAAGAUGAAAGCAAGCAAGAAUACUAG